CCUACUUGGUAUCGACUAGAAAAUUCCAAAGUUCCAAAUUUAAAUUUUCAAGUUUUAUGUUGUGCUUUUGUCAAUUGUUUUUCUUGUCGUUGUUGGUUUCGCAUGUGAUUUGUGAUAAGUGAUAAUGAAUAAGUUAACGUAGUGAUUUUGUUUUGUUUUUGUUUGACAAUCGACUAAAAAUGACCACCAAAUUCACCGCAGCCCUCGCCCUCUUCGCUGUUUUCGCUUUGGCGAUCAACUUCGGCAACGUUGCGGCCAGCCCUGCGAUCGCAACCGGCUACGACGCAAUGGAGAUCUGCAUCGAAAACUGCGCGCAAUGCAAAAAGAUGCUUGGCGCCUGGUUCGAGGGUCCAUUAUGCGCUGAAUCCUGCAUCAAGUUCAAGGGCAAACUGAUCCCCGAGUGUGAAGACUUCGCUUCCAUCUCCCCGUUCCUUAAUAAGCUUUAAGUUAGCCCGAUUUUACUUCGAAUUUAGGCAAAAGUCCCAUAUGUCCAUGUCGUUAAAGUCCAUAUUUCAAAUAAUGGUGCUAGUGAACGAUUCUGUAGUCUGGGAUUACAUUAGUAGCCUACCUACAUACAUAAUAGUAGCACAAGAAGAUUAGUUUUUUUCAUAUUGAAUAAGUUCUUGCCAAGCAUUUGCUAUAACAGUGAUAUUCCUGCAAGUUUUACAAAUGGCUAAAGUAUGAUUGAUUUCAUACCCGCUAAAGCUAAAGUCGUAUACGGAAAUAAAAAUCUGCAUUAGUGUGAAUUGUAGUAAUAUAAGAAUAGAACUACAGAGAGAAACUAAAUGUUAUUUUGUAAAUCACUAGCUACCGCUCGCGACUUCAUACGCGUGGCCCAUUUGACCCCCUUUAGUGGUAGAGUUUCGUAAAAUCUGUUCUUAGUCUACAUAUAGAUUUUAGGACUAAACCAAGCUCUUGCCUUUAUUCGAAGUUUUUCUUAGUAUAAUUUCAACGAAGUCAUGCCAAAGUCUAUCGAUACUCUUAGUGUAAGUGAAAUGUGAAUGAGUUUGUAUGUACUUAAUGCAUUUACAGGGAUUAAUGUAAGUGAUAAUGAAAUAUAACAAUGAGAUUGCAAAAUUACUGUCCUUUUAUUCAUUACAUAAUUGCCUUAAUAAGUAUUAAAAAAACUAAAUAUUUAUAAUUAAUCAAAGUUUCUGGAUAAGAAUUUAUUAUUAUUACUUUGAGGUCCACAUACAUUUUCAAAUCCAAAAAUAGCAUAAUGAUUAAUUUUCCUUUCAAAAUAGUGGACCUAUCGCAUACAUACAUUUAUAUGCCUACCUACUGUAUUAUAAUUUAUUUAUUGUGUAAAUAUUUUUAUGCCUGUAGUCCAAUACAGCAGUUACUUCGGAGUGAAUCCUCCAAAAUGUACAAAACUCAAAAAAAAACUUGUCAGUACAUAUUGCACUUUCACAUAACCGUUUCUGAUAAAAUACAAAAAUGUACCUUAACGUCUUAAGAAUAUCCA